AUGUUCGUAUACAAGCGAGAUGGUCGUAAGGAGCGCGUUGCUUUCGACAAGAUUACUGCUCGUGUGAGCAGACUAUGCUAUGGUCUCGACGCGGAACACGUCGAUGCUGUCUCUAUCACUCAGAAGGUCAUCUCUGGUGUUUACCAGGGUGUCACCACCGUCGAGCUCGACAACCUUGCUGCCGAGACUGCAGCAUACAUGACCACCAAGCACCCGGACUACGCUAUCUUGGCUGCUCGUAUCGCGGUUUCCAACUUGCACAAGCAGACCAAGAAGGUCUUCUCUCACGUCAUUGCUGACCUCUACAACUAUGUCAACCCCAAGAACGGACGCAGAAGUCCUAUGAUCUCUGACGAGACCUACCAGAUUGUCAUGAAGCACGCUGAGGAGUUGGACUCUGCUGUCAUUUACGACCGUGACUUCAACUACAACUUCUUCGGUUUCAAGACCCUCGAGAGGUCCUACCUCCUCCGUAUUAACGGCCAGAUUGCUGAGAGACCCCAGCAUAUGAUCAUGCGUGUUGCUGUCGGUAUUCACGGCUCCGAGAUCGCCAAGGUCAUCGAGACCUACAACCUCAUGUCCCAGAAGUACAUGACUCACGCUUCUCCUACUCUCUUCAACGCGGGUACUCCUAACCCCCAGUUGUCUUCCUGUUUCUUGGUUACCAUGAAGGAUGACUCCAUUGAGGGUAUCUACGACACUCUUAAGACCUGUGCUAUGAUCUCCAAGACUGCUGGCGGUAUUGGAUUGAACGUGCACUGCAUUCGCUCCACCGGAUCUUACAUUGCUGGUACCAACGGAUCCUCGAACGGUAUCGUCCCCAUGUUGCGUGUCUUCAACAACACUGCUCGCUACGUCGACCAGGGUGGUAACAAGCGUCCUGGUGCUUUCGCCAUCUACAUGGAGCCUUGGCAUCCUGAUGUCUUCGAGUUCCUCGACCUUCGCAAGAACCACGGUAAGGAGGAGGUCCGUGCCCGUGACUUGUUCUACGCUCUCUGGAUUCCCGACUUGUUCAUGGAGCGUGUCGAGGCCAACGGGGAGUGGACUUUCAUGGACCCUAACGAGGCCCCUGGCUUGCACGAGUGCUACGGUGAGGAGUUCAAGGCUCUCUACCAGAAGUACGAGCAGGAGGGUCGUGGACGUCGCACCAUCAAGGCCCAGAAGCUCUGGUACGCCAUCUUGGAGGCCCAGACUGAGACUGGUAACCCCUUCAUGCUCUACAAGGAUGCCUGUAACGAGAAGUCCAACCAGAAGAACUUGGGUGUCAUCAAGUGCUCCAACCUCUGUACCGAAAUUGUCGAGUACUCCGCUCCCGAUGAGGUUGCUGUCUGCAACUUGGCUUCCAUCGCUCUUCCCACCUUCGUCGAGAACGGUGUAUACAACUUCCAGAAGUUGCAUGAUGUCACCAAGGCUGUUACCCGCAACUUGAACAAGAUCAUCGACGUCAACUACUACCCCGUUGAGGAGGCGCGUCGUUCCAACAUGCGCCACCGUCCCAUCGGUGUCGGAGUGCAGGGUUUAGCCGAUGCUUUCUUGGCUCUCCGCAUGCCUUUCGAGUCUCCUGAGGCCAAGAAGCUCAACAUCCAGAUCUUCGAGACUAUCUACCACGCUGCCCUGGAGGCCUCCCAUGAGCUUGCUUUGGAGGAGGGUCACUACGAGACUUUCCCUGGAUCUCCCACUUCUCAGGGUGUCUUGCAGUUCGACAUGUGGAACGUUCAGCCUACCUCCCUCUGGGAGUGGGAGACUUUGAGGGAGAAGAUCAAGAAGGAUGGUGUCCGCAACUCCUUGUUGGUUGCUCCUAUGCCCACUGCCUCCACCUCGCAGAUUCUCGGUUUCAACGAGUGUUUCGAGCCCUACACCUCCAACAUGUACUCUCGUCGUGUCUUGUCUGGAGAGUUCCAGAUCGUCAACCCUUGGUUGUUGAAGGACUUGGUCGAGAUGGGUCUCUGGUCCGACGCCAUGAAGAACCGUAUCAUCGCCGAAAACGGUUCCGUCCAGAACAUCCCGUCCAUCCCUGCCGAUAUCAAGGCUCUCUACAAGACGGUCUGGGAAAUCUCCCAGAAGACCAUCAUUGACAUGGCUGCCGACCGUGGUGCCUUCAUCGACCAAUCUCAGUCUUUGAACAUCCACUUGAGGAACCCCACUAUGGGUAAGCUCACCUCCAUGCACUUCUACGGCUGGAAAAAGGGAUUGAAGACCGGCAUGUACUACCUCCGUACUCAGGCCGCUGCUGCUGCAAUUCAGUUCACUGUCGACAAGAGCUCCAUCACUGAUGAGACUCUUCGUGCGGAGGCUAAGUACGCAACUCCUUCCAAGCCCAAGACCAUCGCCAACAACGGUCUCCCUAACGGCGAUGCCCUGACUGAGAAGGUUGGUCAGUUGAACCUUGGUAACGGCAACGGUGCUGCCGCUCCUCAAGCCAAUGGUGACUCCAACGGUGAGGCUUCCUCUUCCAAGAAGACUGAGAAGCCUGGAGAGGACGCGUCUGAGCAGGAUGUUGAUAUCUACAACUCCAAGGUCAUCGCUUGCUCCAUUGAUAACCCUGAGGCGUGUGAAAUGUGCUCUGCAUAG